AUGUGUAUUUGGAAAACUGGGAAAGUUAGUCCGACUUGUCGAUGCACAAUUUGUAGAUUUUUAUCAAAAUUAUUCAAUUUGAAAUUCACACCAUUUCCAUUGCUGAAACUCCCAUUAGUUCCAUUACGAUUGAUCACAAGAAUGAUGAAUUCGAAUGAAAUCCUGAAACUCUCCAUAUGCUCUUAUCAAAUGGAACUUUUUCUCAAAUCAUCAAAAUACAAAGUCAGAGGAUUUCAUUACCAAUUGAAUGAUUCAUUUCUUCAAUUUGAUAUGGGCAAACGGGAUUACCUCUCUGUCAAUUUUGAGAAGGUGAAAAAUGAGAGACAACUGGAAAAGGUCACCAAAAUGAAGCAACUGUGUAACAGAGGAUAUCAAGAAGAUCAAAACAUAUUUUCGAUUGAAUAUAUAUCAAAAAACGAAAUCCUCGCAAUGUGCAACCUCGUCAGUUCACUUCAUUCAAGCCCCUUCAUUCAAUGGGCUUUCCAUUUUGAUGAUAUGGAAAUGCCCACUUUUUGGUACUAUUUCGAUAAAGCGUUGACCGGAAAAUGUGACAUGCUUGUAUUUCGGGAAGGCAGUUUGAGUGAGGAGUUGUUGACAGCUGUAAUGGAUCGCGCCCCGGUUUCCAUGGAGAUGUGUAUAUUUUCAGAUAUUUCAUUGAAUUUUAGACAUUCCAAGGCUAUGAAGUACUUUUCAAUAAACUACAAAGAAGCUCGUUGGGUUACUGUAGACGAUUUGAAAACUGUCAGAAACUCCAAAGUAGUUACACUGGAAACUACAAACUUCGAUAGUUCUGAUAUCAACGAGUUCUUGAAGUAUUGGGUUGACUGUGAGGAACAUAUGUUUCGAAGACUAUACCUGAGAAUGAAGGAGGGUACUGUAAUUGAUAAGAACAUUCUAACUGAUCAAUUGGUGACUGUCCAGACACCGAAUGACAACUGUAACCAUAUUUUCAUAAAAAUGAGAAAUGACAUCAAUAACGAGUUCUCGCUGGCAUAUUUUAAUGAUUUUGUAAGUGAUAUAUUUGAGCUUUUAGUACUACGCCCUGAGACACAUCCCGAUAUUAAUGAACUUUUGAAACUACUUGAGAAGAAGAAAGACUUGGAAAUCGAAUUGUCGAGAAUCGAAGAAGCAGCUGAGAAUCUUGGAGAGACGGAAGCAAGGAACAAAAUAGUUCGAGAAAUUUCUUCCGGAUUAGUGCUUUUGAGAAGACAACUGAUGGAAAACAAUGAGAAAGAAUAUAUUUUUGCAAUGUAG